AUGGAAGAGAUUGUUUCUUUGAUCUUUCAUGGGGGGAAGUUAGUUAAAGAGCUUGAAGAAAGCCUACCCAACAUAGCAAACCAACCCCAUGUUCUUAUUAGUUCAUGUGAUGAGAUAAGUAGGGUUUUUGGCAACGCGAGGGAACAGUUGACGUUGGCGGUGCAGGACUACGGCACCCACCACGAGUCGCUACCACAAAUGGAGGUUGGUGGUGGAUCAGUGCCGGAAUGGCUAAGGAGUUCGCAUGCAACGGAUAUGGGGGGAUAUUACAGAUGCACCCAUCAAAAAUUAUACAAUUGUCCGGCUAAAAAACAUGUUCAAAGACUAAACAACGAUCCCUACACUUUCGAAGGAACAUAUCAGGGAGAACAUACAUGUAUCAUGUCCUCCACCGCUCCUUCCAUGCCACCACCAUCGUUACUGUACCAGAAGCAAUGA